AUGCUUCCGAAAACACCUGCUGAAACACUAGCGAGUCUGGGUUUUGACCCGCAACUUCUCGAAUACCCUUUUCCCGCAGAGACGGGGUGGUGUAUCCACUGCUUCAGGGUAUCACUGCGUGCCUGGGACGAGACGAAGUGGGGUCAACCCUUCAAGGUGAACUGCAUUCGCGAUCCAGUCACCUCGAAGCGUUGCCAAAGAUGCUGCCAUGCCCGCCAUAGGUGUGAACUUCCUUACGAAGGCAUCCGGGGCCACGGGUUCGAACUUCAGGCAUUGCUGGAAUGGGUCCAGGAGAUCUGGAUCAACGAGGAAUCCGGGAUUGGCAAAGGCGAGGAUGUGGGCUUAGUACACGACAUCGAGAUUGUCAACGCCGUUGCAGGGGCGGUUCGAGACCUCUGCUCGGCUCUCGAUUGUCUGAUCAAAUCCCACGGCAAGGCCCACAGCCUCGCGGGCCGGCAUGGUGGAGAUGCCCAUGCGUCUUUCCAGGCUCCGUCUUCGCUUGGUCUCCGGAGCGAUGGCACGCCGCAUCCGAAGCUCGUCCAAUUCGAGCAUGCGGCUCGCCAGUACCUCCGUCUCGAGACCCAGUUUGCCCUGCCUUGGUACAUCGAAGUCCUCGCGCUCAAGCAAACCAUCGAGGCGCUGAUUCGGGAGAAGUAUGACCACAGCGAUCCCAACAUCGCUCGCUGGUACAAGGACAUGAUGGCGGCAUUUCCUUUGGCUAUUCCUCUGCUGUAA